AGCAGUUCGUGAACGGCUGUGCGACGGUAUGGUUGAACGGAUUGCGGCGGUAGUGUGUCGAAAGUCAACCAAGUAAUCGCUCCUUUAAACCACAUCACGUAGUCGUAGCAUGUGCCCACUAGUCCGAAGCCACGUAUACCGCCUACCGCACCGCGAGCCGCACAACAAACUCGUCUCUUACGGCUACCGUUAGCGACAGCCAUAUUCCCUCGCGGUUCUUUUCGCUUUCACGCAUGUGACACGGAGGAUACGGAGUUUUGCACCCUUUUAAUUGAAUCUACACGCGCGUGGAUCGUCGUGGAUCGUGUGUGUAUCUGGCGCACAGUAGUAUGAUCUUCUCUUGGAUAUUCCAGUGAAUCCCGUGUGGUGAGCGCCUUGUACCGGGUGGCCGAGUCGCUCGCGGCGCGCGAAGUGUGAAGCGGUGUAUUUUUUUUUUGCUGUCGCUCUCGCUGCCAGCGUACAGAAAGAGAGAGAGAGAGAGAGAAAGGUCGGCUGUGACGAAGCAUUCGCAGAGAGAUAGAGAAAGAGAGAGAGAGAGAGAGUGAAAAAGAGAGAGACGAGGAGGGAGCGAUCCGGUGUAAAAGGAAUCUCGACCGAUUUCCAAGGGGACUCCAGUUGUCAGGAUGAGUUAUUGUACCAACGCGCCCAUGGUCACGCACACUUGCGAGACUCUUGUCAGCAAGUGCGAAAUCCCGAUCAUCGACCUCGCUCAUAUGGGCACGGAGAGAUGCCCUCAGAAGGGAGUCGUGAAGCUAGUGGCCUCGAAACUGCUAAGGGCGCUGUCCGAGAAAGGAUUGGCCUUGCUCGUCAACCAUGGCAUUCCAGAGUGCAAGAUGAAGGCAGCUUACAGAGCUCUAGACGCAUUUUGCGAGCUACCAGAUGAAACGCGAGCAAAAUACGAACGCGUUUCGCCGGAUAAUCACGGCUAUGUUAAACCAGGCACGGAGAAAUUUUCGGACGAAAUGGAACUUCGCCACGCUUUCAACGUGACCGGAUGUGGACGAACCCUGCCGGAAGAUGAGGUUCAUGGAUUUAGAUCAGCGGUGGACGAAUUGACACGCGAUUUCAAGCAACUGGCCACCAUGCUUCUUACCGCUCUGUCCGUGGGUUUGGAACAGUCCCACGACUUCCUGCUGUCCAAGCACGCGCAUAUACUCCGCCCUGGUAACGCGUCCACCCUGCGUCUCCUCUACUACCCGCCACUCGGUACACCGAUACAAGGACUGACCCGAUGCGGCGCCCAUUGUGACUAUGGCACUUUCACUUUGUUGGCACAGGACUGCGAGGGUGGCCUUGAAAUGCAAACUGGCGAAAGAUGGGCUAGAGUGGGUCAUCUCCCAGGUGCUAUAUUGGUGAAUACUGGCGAGUUACUGGGACACUGGACCAACGAGCAGCUUCCAGCACUCAGACAUCGCGUCGUUAUGCCGGAACACUGCGGCCGCGGCCGUCAUUCCAUCGCUUUCUUCGUGCAUCCAGACGACAAUAUUCCCAUCGACCCAUUAGAUACAAAGAUCACUAUAGCCAACCAAGAAACAACUCCUUGCCGCCUCCAGAAAAAGAAGCGUAGCGUCCUUACAGCAUAUCAGCACCUUCAACGUCGUUUUCGCGAGACUUACGCGUCCUAAUGUGUUGCAUGCUGAAUAUUCCAUCAGGAUCCACAAUGGACCUGGAAAAUAAGUCUUUAUAUGGAGCAAAGAAAUAAAAUUUCACGGAAAUUCGAAAGAGAUCGAUUUUACGGACAGUGAAAUUAAGAUUAACACAAGCUACGUGUUUUAGUGUUGACCAAUUAUAUUUUGCUGUACAUUGCUCGAUAUAUAUUACAAAAAAUAUAUGCUUAAAAAAUGUUACAUAGAAUAUCCAUUCCAUUUAAGGUAAACGAACACAGGAAGGAUAAGUUGUCGAUAUUUUUAAUUCUGAUAAAUCUUAAUGACAUAGCUUGGAUGUCUUAAUUUCACGAUUUUCGUUCAAGAAUCAGUAUCUUCACGAAGCAAAAUUAUGCAACUGAAUGUUAAAGAAAGGUAACAGAAGAAUGUAAAAGAAGAUUACGAUUCUCAGGCAAUAUAAUAAAUAAAUUUGUACUUAAUUUAAAAAUUUCUGUUAUUACUGAACCAAAUAACUAACUCGAGUGAAGAGAA